ACAACCCAUGUAGAAAAAGUCGCGACAGUAAAGACAGCGACGAAGAUCGACACCAUGAUCAGACCUGUAACUAAGAUCAUCGAUCCAGUUGCCAGGGCAGAGGUGCUGUUCUGUGCCUUUAUAGCAGAGCACAACCUUCCCUUCGCGGUCGCUGACCAUUUUACAGACCUGGUGAAAGUAAUGUUCCCGGACAGCGAGGUUGCCAAGAAAUUCCGGUGCAAGCGUACAAAGGCGACGAACAUAGUUACCAAGGUGUUGGCGCCAGAGGCGGAAAAGAAAGUUACCCAGCUGUGUCGCUCGCAGAAGUUUUCCAUCCUCAUGGACGAAUCAAACGACCGCGGGGAUAGCAAGUGCGUGGCCAUACUGGUCCGGACAUAUGACACGGAUGUGCUCCAGGUGAACACGUUCUUCCUCGCCAUGCCUAUAUGUAAUGUGGGGAAUGGUGAGAAUUUGUUCAUGUGUCUGCAAGAAGUGUUCACGGCGAAUAACAUCCCGUGGGAGAAUGUGGUCGGGUAUUCCUCAGACAACGCUGCCGUAAUGAUAGGAAAUAAUAACUCGGUCCUGUCACGCAUUCGAGGGAAGGUACCGAAUGUUGUGAAUAUUGGCUGCCCGUGUCACAUUAUGAGUACGUGCACGCAGUACGGCGUAAAGAAGCUAGGUGUACCUGUUGAUGAGCUUCUUCACGACGUGUUUACGCACUUUCAACACAGCUCCAAGCGACGCCAAGCACUCCAGGAAUUCCGGGAAUUUACAGACACCGAGACAUACAAGCUGGUUAGGUUCUGUUCAACCCGCUGGCUGUCUCUCCAGACCUGUGUUGACCGCUUCUUACAACAAUGGCCAGCACUUGAAGCAUACUUUGCAAGCCACGAGGAUGUCGAGAAGAAAGGAAACAGAGUCGCCCGUGCUUCUGAGAAUCUGCGUGAUCCAGUGGUAGCGCUGGUGUUCAGGUUCCUGUCGUUCAUUCUGCAGCCGCUGAACACAUUCAACACAGACUUCCAGCACGCCAGCGCCGUGGUGGGAUACCUGCACAGCGAGAUCAAUCGUCUGAUCCGCUCCACAAUGGCAAAGUUCGUCAAGAUGUCAGUAAUCUCGGCGGCAGCAGACGUAACAAAGGUUGACUUUGAGACCCGCGACAACCAGCACGAUGAUGACACGAUCGCAAUAGGCCACGCCACACGUACCUACCUUGACGAGGCUCCCCCGGAGGUCCAAGCAUCCUUUUUCAGGAAGGUGAGGGCGUUUUACGUAGAGUUGACCACGAAAAUGCUUACAAAGUUUCCGGUCAACGAUGAGGUAUUGAAGGCCCUAAGUUUCCUGCGUCCAGAGAACAGACAGAACACAUCGACAGAGUCUGUAGUCAAGCUGUCCGUGCGGCUAGGUGUGGGAAAUCCAGAUCGUAUUCAUGAUGAAUUCGUCGAUUUCCAACUGCUUUCGGAAAGCGCGUUACCCCCUUACGUUGAGGGAAUGGCACUGGACCCCUUCUGGUCGUGCAUUGCCAGCAUGAAAACACCGCUACAGAAGGCUCGGUUCCCGCAACUCUCUGCACUUGCAUUUGCAGCGCUGUCAAUCCCGCAUUCAAACGCCGAUCCUGAACGUUGUUUUAGCGCCCUGAAAAAAAUUCAGAAGGAAGAAAGAGAAAAUCUGGGACAUAAAACGGUUGAGGCGUUGUUGAGAGUCAAAAUGAACACUAAGACGGUUUGCUUCAACCAAAACCCUACCUCGGAAAUGUGUACGGCCGCGCAUUCCGUGUGUAACUGAUGUGUAUAGUGUACUGUAACCCGUACUUUCAGUCUACUGGAUAGCCUCCCCUUUGCCAUUGAAAUUAAUAUAAUGAGUAUUGUUGAAUGUUCUAGAUUUUGUACUAUUAAAAAGAUAAAUAUUUUCUUCGUUGUUUGCUAUUGUCUUAUUUAAUAAAACUGUUUUUGUUAUGUUUUAGAUUUCAUGCUUUAUAUCAGAUGUUUUAUGUCUUGAAUAAAAGUAUCAAGAGUUUUUGUUAGUACUAUACUGACUAUAUUAAAGGUGGAAUG